CUUGGGAAGUCCACGCCUUGUGGCGGCUUACGGAGCUGCUGCUUUGGCGGGAGUUGGCGGCUGGUGUGAGGUGAGAGGCGCGGUGGUCGCUCCCCAGCGAGGCCAGGGCUAUGCAAACAUUUUCAAGAUAACAGAGUGCCUUUGGGAUGAGCCUCCCGUGGCCCCCCAGACCCUGGGCACUGCAGGGAUCCUGAUCCCAUUACUGCUUGGCUUCAUGGCUGGAAACCGAGCUGACUGAGGAAAGGAGGAACGCGCCUGGAGAAUUCUUGGGAGGAAGUUAUCGUGGGUCAGCUGGCUCUUCCUGGUUCCCUCUUGCACACCGGGCGGACUGCUGGACAUACAGAGAUGAGCCCCUGUCCUCAGGACACUCUGACCGUGUAGGGAGAUGAAACCACAGCCCUGAAGGAGGGCUUCGAAUGGCUCUUUGCCCGGCAGGCUUGGGCUGGGGAUCCCAAGGAGGAGAGGGAGGGCUUAGAGGGUGUUCCAGAAGCAUCGUGGACUUAGAACCCUGGGCAGAAUUGGGUGGGUGGCUGGGAAGGGAGAGGCUCCUAGAUGGGCCUGAUCAAACUGUGGUGGGGAUGGGGAAACAUGAUUAGACCAGCCCACUCAUCAGGGUCGUGCUGAGAAAUAGGGAAGAGGGGCUUUUAGGCCCCAAUUUUUGAGCCAGGAGUCGUUCAGUGCUGUUUGAAGGAACAUAGAUAUUUAUUAGUUCAGGGAAAUAUUGUGGUGGGCAGGAGGGGCUGAGGAGAUACAAGUGGCGUCUUCUGUGGAGAACGUUAAUGUGAGAGGGGAAUGAUUGUGGAAAAGUCUAUCUUGUCCCCAACUAGAUGCUCAUUCCUGGUGAGUAGGCCUCUGUGUUCUGACCCUGAGUUGUCCCUCUUCUAUUAGCCAGUCCACAUUCCCGUAAUGUUUGGGUCCCGUAAUGUUUGGGUGGUUACAGGGUUGUCUCCUGGUGGGGAGGGGAAGGGCAGCUGAGUAGGACCUGGUGGCUUCAUGGUGAUAGUCUUCUUCCUCCUUGGCAGUCUCGUGCCUCCUUCCUUCCAAUCCAGCCCUUAUUCUUUCCCUCUGCAUAGAAAGGAUCAGCAUCUCCGGUACAGCCCCCAUCUGUGCUAGGAGAUGGCCGGGUGGGUGUGGAUGCUAAGACAACCGAUCCCCCUCAUGUUGGCCUGAGAAGGGCCCUCACCUGGAUACUGUGAGACCUUUUGAGGACAGCUGGCUCCUUUGUGGGACCAGUUGGGUGUGGGGUAGGGCCUUGAUCUGAGCCAGCCCCUAGUUUCCAGCCUAGGUUCUCCUCACCACUGAUGGCGUAAGUGAUGUCUGUCUGUCCUGUGAUGGGGGGUUGCAGUUACCACAGGAGGCCCUGGAUUAUGGCUCAGAUUCUUAUGGCUCCAUCCUUGCACCUUUCCCUGGCUCAGGUUUCUGUGGGGGAAGGAGAGUGCCAGAGGUGACUGGUUCUUCUAGGCUCUCAUGGCCACCAUGUUGGAAGGCAGAUGCCAAACUCAGCCAAGGAGCAGCCCCAGUGGCCGAGAGACUAGCCUGUGGUCCUCAGGCUUUGGGAUGAAGCUGGAGGCUGUCACUCCAUUCCUGGGGAAGUAUCGCCCCUUUGUGGGUCACUGUUGCCAGACCUGCACCCCCAAGAGCUGGGAGUCCCUCUUCCACAGAAGCAUAACGGACCUAGGCUUCUGCAAUGUGAUCCUGGUGAAGGAGAACACGAGGUUUCGGGGCUGGCUGGUUCGGAGGCUCUGCUAUUUCCUGUGGUCCCUGGAGCAGCACAUCCCCCCCUGCCAGGAUGCCCCACCGAAGAUCAUGGAAAGCACCAGGGUACAGAACCUCCUCUCAGGGAGGGUCCCAGGAGGCGCUGGGGAAGGCCAGGUGCCCGACCUUGUGAAGAAGGAGGUACAGCGCAUCCUGGGUCACAUCCAGGCCCCACCCUGUUCCUUCCUGGUCAGGCUGUUCAGCUGGGCGCUGCUGCGGUUCCUGAACUGCCUCUUCCUGAAUGUGCAGCUCCACAAGGGUCAGAUGAAGAUGGUCCAGAAGGCCGCCCAGGCAGGCUCGCCGCUUGUCCUCCUCUCUACUCACAAAACCCUCCUGGACGGGAUCCUGCUGCCCUUUUUGCUGCUCUCCCAGGGCCUGGGUGUGCUCUGUGUGGCCUGGGACUCCCGCGCCUGCUCCCCUGCCCUCAGAGCUCUGCUGAGGAAGCUUGGGGGGCUUUUCUUGCCCCCAGAGGCCAACCUCUCCCUGGACAGCUCUGAGGGGCUCCUUGCAAGGGCUGUGGUCCAGGCGGUCAUAGAGCAGCUGCUGGUUAGUGGGCAGCCCCUGCUCAUCUUCCUAGAGGAACCUCCUGGGGCUCUGGGGCCACGGCUGUCAGCCCUGGGCCAGGCUUGGGUGGGGUUUGUGGUGCAGGCAGUCCAGGUGGGCAUCGUCCCAGAUGCUCUGCUGGUACCAGUGGCCAUCACCUAUGACCUGGUUCCGGAUGCACCGUGUGACACAGACCAUGUGAGAAUGCCUCGACCCCCCCUGGGGCUGUGGACAGGAGCUCUGGCUGUCCUACAUAGCCUGUGGAGCCGCUGGGGCUGCAGCUGCCGGAUCUGCUCCCGGGUGCACCUAGCUCAGCCCUUUUCCCUGCAGGAAUACAUCAUCAGUGCCAGAAGCUGCUGGGGCGGCAGGCAGACCCUGGAGCAGCUACUGCAGCCCAUCGUGCUGGGCCAAUGUACUGCUGUCCCAGACACUGAGAAGGAGCAGGAGUGGACCCCCAUAACUGGGCCUCUCCUGGCCCUCAAGGAAGAGGACCAGCUCUUGGUCAGGAGACUGAGCUGUCAUGUCCUGAGUGCCAGUGUGGGGAGCUCUGCGGUGAUAAGCACGGCCAUCAUGGCGAUGCUGCUGCUCUUCAAGCACCAGAAGGGUGUGUUCCUGUCGCAGCUCCUGGGGGAGUUCUCCUGGCUGACGGAGGAGAUACUGUUGCGUGGCUUUGAUAUAGGCUUCUCUGGGCAGCUGCGGAGCCUGCUGCAGCACUCACUGAGCCUGCUGCGGGCGCACGUGGCCCUGCUACGCAUCUGCCAGGGCGACUUGCUGGUGGUGCCGUGGCCGGGCCCAGGCCUCAUGCACCUGGCACGGCUGAGUGCUGAGCUGCUGCCCGUCUUCCUGAGCGAGGCUGUGGGCGCCUGUGCGGUGCGGGGGCUGCUGGCAGGCAGAGUGCCGCCCCAGGGGCCCUGGGAGCUGCAGGGCAUAUUGCUGCUGAGCCAGAAUGAGCUGUACCGCCAGAUCCUGCUGCUGAUGCACCUGCUGCCGCAAGACCUGCUGCUGCUAAAGCCCUGCCAGUCUUCCUACUGCUACUGUCAGGAGGUGCUGGACCUGCUCAUCCAGUGCGGGCUCCUGGUUGCUGAGGAGACCCCAGGCUCCCGGCCAGCCUGUGACACAGGGCGACAGCGAUUGAGCAGAAAGCUGCUGGGGAAACCGAGUGGGGACUUUACUGAUAGUGACAGUGAUGACUUCGAAGAGGCCGAGGGCCGGUACUUCAGGCUCAGCCAGCAGUCACACUGCCCAGAUUUCUUUCUUUUCCUCUGCUGCCUGCUCGGCCCACUGCUCAAGGCCUUUGCACAGGCUGCCGCCUUCCUCCACCAGGGCCAGCUGCCCGAUACUGAGUCGGGCUACACAGAGCAGCUUUUCCAGUUCCUGCAGGCCACCGCCCAGGAAGAAGGGAUCCUCGAGUGUGCAGACUCAAAGCUCGCCAUCAGUGCUAUCUGGACCUUCAGAGACCUAGGGGUUCUGCAGCAGACGCCGAGCCCUGCAGGCCCCAGGCUCCACCUGUCCCCUACUUUUGCCAGCCGGGACAAUCAGGAAAAACUAGAACAGUUCAUCCGGCAGUUCAUUUGUAGCUAGAACUGUGAGGAAGAGCCUGUGCUGAGACUUCUCAGCCCCAGAACACAGCUGUGUCCUAGAGCCAGAAGAUGGAGAGGAGGCUGCAAACCCUUAGCUGGUCUAUAAAUAUAAUCAUUGAGGCUUGAUUGUCCUUUGCCAUCUCUUGCUUUUUCCUUCCUUUAAUGUGAUAAACAAGGGGACCAGACGAGUUGUCUUUUCCCCAGCCCAGCAGCA